UACAGAACAAUAAUCUAUUUUGCCUUAAAUGGGUAAACGUUAAGAUAAAAAUACUGCAAGCACUCAUCAGCGGUGGCAGUAACAGCAGAGUGGUGCUUCAUGCGGUGCAACUAACUCAUAACUUCAGCAUCCUGAUUGGAUUCUGACCUCGGGUUCUCUCCGUGUGGAGUCUGCCUGCACAUCCGACACAGGGAGUCUCUGGGAUCUUCCCAUAUCAAAGACUUACGGCUGGCUGAGUGCGGGUCAGACAGCCGCCUGAGUUCGGAGUGCGAUGGAGCAGCCCCGACUGACAUUUGUGAAGAUUGGAGCAUUCCUUUUGUUUUAUUUGAUUCUCCGAUUUGAUCUGUGCACUGCUCAAAGGCUGGUGAAAUUACAGGAAGGACCCCUAAUUCGAGCUGAAGGACGUCACAUAACGAUUCAGUGCACUGUGAGCGGAACGCAGCAGUCUCAAGAGCAGAACUUUGAGUGGUCUAUCACCCUUCCAAAUAAACCUAAAUUUCAAAUCCAAAUUAUCAGCACUCAAGAUUCCGACUACACUUAUGCCUUGUACAAAGACAGAGUGGCGGCUAAGGAGAUCUACGUAGAGAGAAUCGGAAGUGACUCUGUGCAGUUACACAUAACUAAUCUGCAGAAAACUGAUGAAGGACAGUACGAGUGUUACACUCCCAACACCGACAGUAUAUACUGGGGAACCUAUAGUGCAUUCGUGAAUUUGACAGUUAUUCCAGACACGCUCAGUGCAACAUUGGUUCCUCAAGUCAUAAAUAAAGUAGAAGGUGAUCCUUUGGAACUGGUCUGUGAAGUAUCUAAAGAAACAACGUACCACACACAUGUGUCCGUCUCAUGGUACCUACAGAAAGAUGGUCAGAAUAUCAGAGUUAUCUCUCUGACAAGAGAUUUCGUCCUAAGUGCUGGAGAAUCAUAUAAGCAAAGAUGGGCACAGGGAGAUGUGCGACUGGACAAGGUUGGGACCACUUCGUACAGACUCACUAUCCACAAACUGCAGAUGUCCGAGCAGGGGCAGUUUUACUGCCACAGUAUAGAGUGGAUCCAAGACCCAGACAAGACCUGGCAGGCACUGACUGAAAAACAAACCAAAAAUAGCACAGUGAAUGUUAAAAGCAUGGGUAAAGAGUUUCUUGUUCUAAUUAAAGCAGCCAAUGUCAAUAUUAAUGUAGGAGGCUCACUGGAGAUAGCCUGUACAGUUGAAGCUCAGAAUACUGCGCAGCGUUUCUUCUCAGUGACCUGGUUCUUGAACAAUAAUGAGAUGGUUCGUAUUGGACCAAAUGCAGUUCUGUCUUUUCAUGGAGAAUAUGGAACGAGAGAAAAUUCUGGAAUGGUGGCUGUCAGAAAGAAAACUGAAGGGGAAUACGUUCUGAAACUUUAUCAGGUUCAAGUGGAUGACAGUGGGAAAUAUCACUGCCUCGUGGAGGAGAGUGAGGCAGCCGUGUCAGGAGCGUUCUCUUCCAAGAAGUCCAAAGAGAUUGAAAUUACUGUUCAACGGCCAGAAGCCAAUCUUAAUGUGGCGAUCACCAGUAAUACCACUGAAAUUUUGGAGGGUGGCUUUCUUCAGUUUGCCUGCAAUAUUCAUUCAGAAGCAGCAGGCCGUGGCCAGUUCUCUAUUGUUUGGCAGUUCAAAAACAAACAGAACAUAAAGAGUGACAUAAUCGAAAUGAACAGGAAUGGUGUUCAAGUUGCUGCUGAACCCUAUCGUGAGCACCUCGUUCAUGGUGACGUCAGGAUGGCAAGAGUGGGAUCGGAUGUUUUCACUUUGGGAAUUUAUAAUGCACGCACUUCAGAUGAAGGACUGUAUUCUUGCAAAGUUACGGAGUGGGAAGUAAAGUCCAACCAAAACUGGCGUUUAAUUGGAGAGUACGAAAGCAGUGAUAAGGCAGUGGCUAUUAAAUCUCUUGGUAGCAUCUUUAAAGUUACUGCUGUGACCCGCACACCAACUGCAAUAUAUUAUGGUACAUUUGAACUCCAGUGUAUAAUUCGGCCUUUAAGCCUCAGUCAUCUGCCAACAACCAUAUCCUGGAAAUUCCAACCUACUAAUUCGAAUGACAGCUUCCACCUCGUUACUUUCAACCGUGACACUGCGAUUACGUGGGGAGAGGAGGGAGUGAAUUUCAAAGGGAAAAUGAUAGUAACAAAAACAGCAUCCAAUUCUGUCCGGCUGCGUGUCUCUAGGGCCAGCGAGCUGGAAGCUGGGAAGUUUUUAUGUAAUGCAGAAUUAUGGCAAAGGCCUCAUGCAGAUCAAUGGGUCAUGAAAGCUAGUGCAACGUCAAACAUCCUGCAAGUGAUAGUUAGACCCCCAGUAAGCCUCUUGCAACUGGAGAAGCAAGUUGCAAGGAUACAAAAGAGGAUUAGUGACAUCAUUGAGAUCGAUUGUAGAAUUUUUGCUCAAACACAGAAUGAUUCUCAGUUCUCCGUUACCUGGUUCUUCAGUAAGUCACAGGGAGAAAAAGGGGAAGCUCUUCUGAACAUUAAUCGCAGUAAUAUCAUUCAGUACUAUGGUGAGUUGCGUACAAAUGAUCAAAAGAGGAUGAAGUUCCAGAUUGAGAAGCCUUCAAAUGAUCUUUACAAAUUAACUAUAGAGAAAGCUGAUGUAACCGAUGAAGGGAAUUACUAUUGCAGUGUCACAGAAUGGCUUUUGGACCCCAAUUAUGUUUGGUAUCAAGUGGGGGAGGCUGCUUCAGCAUUAACGUAUGUUCAAGUACAUACACCAGAUGCAAAUCUACAGGUUUCCGAUGGUAACAAAACUGUGUCGGUCACUGACAAUGUUGUUCUUGAACUGGAAUGCAAUAUUAUCAAUCAGACACAGGCCCAUUCACAGUUUUCAGUUGCAUGGUACUUCCAAAAUGAGAAUGAUUUCAAGGCCCCACUGGAGAAGCUCCUGCAAACUGAUCGCAAUAACAUCCUUCAGUACCAUGGCAGCUUCCAGACAAAUCUUCAGAAGUUAAAAUUCCAAAGUGCAAAAGUUUCCAACAAUAACUACAAGCUGAUCAUAUGGUAUCCCACAGCCAGUGACAAUGGCGUUUACUUCUGCAAAGUGGACGAAUGGAUCCUGAGUCCCCAGAAUGAAUGGGUUUGUCAGGGAAGUCGUCAGUCUGGAAUAACAACCCUUCGCAUCCUCACUUCAGGUCCUACUCUUCACUCAAAGGCCUGUGCCUCACCGCCAUUCUUCUACUUCCUAUUUGUCUACCCAUUCAUAAUCUUCGUGGCUCUUAUAAUUCUUGCCGCAUAUUUUUACUGGCAUCCAAGGAAGCCGAAGAAAACUCCUCAGCAAAAUAGUCUAUGGACACCAAUUGAAACAAUCAUUAGAGAGCCAAAAAAUGAAGUAGAUGCAAGUGUAAUAUAAUGUAUAGAAUUAUUUUAAUACCAUGCCAUUUUUGCUGGAGAAAUCAUGUCACAAAUAGCAGCAAAAUAAUGUGUGCUAGUGAAAAGUUCACACAAGUGCCAAACCAAAAGAAACAUUAAAACAAACAAGAAAUCUGAAACUAUCCAGUUUGCUUAUUAGUUAUGCUUAUUUUAAAAUUGGCAUUGGCACCUCUUGCCAUAUGAGAGAUGUAAAAACAUAAUUUUACUGAUUGUCAGAAUAGACUUGAAAGUUCAGCUUCCCUCAUGAUUCUUGGACUUCUAUUGUCUAAUUGAGUUUAUUUUAUUAUUGCCAGUCUUAAAUGUUCUUCUACUUGCGUAUUUCCCUUCCUAAAUUUAAAGUGUAUGCCACAUUUUUGCAAAUAUUUUUUUCAGUCCUUCUCAUGUUUUGAAAUUCUUGUCCCCAUUGCCCCAAAUCUAGAGCAAGAGGCAAUAAAACUUCUCUAGAUAAUCAGAGUACUGGGUUGGGUGAGCAAUUGAAAAACAUUAUGUCAUAAUUGGACUUGUUCAGCUUAUGUCCAACUCAUGAAUUAUAUUUCUUAAUAUAAUUUCUAAAUAUAGAGAAUAACUUGGUGGAUGAUACACUGAAUGUUCAAAGGCAAAGGUCAGAUCUCACCAAGUGUACUAUGGCUAAUGUUAUUCUUGAUAUAUAAAACACAGGAAGCAAUACAGAAAAAGAGACCUAUAGGAUAUGGUAGAUCGAAUCCAGGCAAAAGCCCAACAGGAAUAGCCCAUGUGCUCCCUGGAACCUACUCCCACAAUUCCAUAAGACCCUGGCUAAUCCUGUAGCUUGAACAUCCUAGACCGCUCAGUUUUCCAAUCCCUUUAUUCCCUUCAUGUUCAAGGGAAGCAAAAGAAAGAAAUUUCAAUUGAUAGAUGACAAAGUUAGACUCUAGUGCACAGAGUCCUGGAGGCACUGUGUCAUCAGUAUUCAAAAUGAACCCUUGUGUAAUUUGAUACAAGUUAAAACUUGGAGUGGGGGGGAUCUAUAUGGGGAAAAUACAAUUUGUAUUUCGUUAAUGACUUUGUGAUGGCAGGCUGAGAGAUACUUUAAGUGGAGUGGAUGAAGAACUUAAUGGGUCAAACAAAGAUCUUGGAUUAUAUUGAAUAUUUUUGUAGUUACAUAGGUUUAUUACUGUUUAAUAUUUUUGUAUUUUUAUAGAGAAAUGUCACUUUUUUAAGAUAUCUGUGGCUUUUUUUUAGCCCAUUGCUUUAAACAUGAAAGAGUGAUAAAUAUGGAAAAGGGUAAUAUAGCAGAUUUAAGUAAGUGCAAAUUGUAUCUUGGGCAAUUCCCAUUGCAGAAUGAUGCUCUGCCUGUCCAUUGGUUGAGCCCAAAGGAAAUGUGUUAAGCACAAAGAGAUCAUCAAAGGGAUUUGAAAAAGAUAACAUUUCCCGCUCUUAUUAUAGGGACUUUCUUAGUGUUUGUGCCAAUCUUCUCAGCACUAGAAGAUAUCAGGGUUGUUGGUGCAGGUAUGCAACCUGUCAAAUAUUAUGUUUAGAAGUAAACAAGCAUUUGGUUAUAGUUUAUCUCAGGAGCAACAAGACUAUAGCAUUCUCCACAGACGCAAGUAAAAAGCUGAAAACAUUCAACCGGUCAGGCAGCAUCCAUAGGGAGAGGAACAGAGUCACAACAUUUUGUGUCACGAGAUUUUGAUCAGAACUGGAAAUGUGGAAGGAGUGAGCAUGUGAGAAGUUGCAGAGAUGGGGGAGGGGUGCAGAGCAAACACAGAAAAUAUCUAUGAGCAAGCUCAUCAAAGUAAUAAUAAGUUUUUAAGAAAGAUAAUUAGAGACAGAAGGAAAAAUCAAAUUGAUACACAAGUACAACCACAUCUGUGGAAUAGGGGAAAAUUGCUAAUUACCUGCACAGAAUUCCCUGCCCAUUGCCAGCUAAAGACAAAAUUAAUGAUGCAGAAUUGUUUUAUAAAACUCUCCAUAAUAUCCAUUACAUUUGGCUAAAGAAAUGCAAGAAAGUGUAUCAAGGAGAUCAAUGGACAUCAUUGUUCAGGUGACCCAUUCUGCUUGUUGACAUGGAAUAUAGCCAGGCACCACUGCCCGGACAGGGUCCCGAUUGGCAGUCAAAUUGUUUCUGGAAGAUAUCUACGUCAAAAAGUAAAAUAAGAAUGGCACUAUCAGUGAAAUUUACAAUCAUCCAAACUUUUUACACCUACUUCUUUCAAAGCACGCAGUAGAAUCAGUUGCAGUCUUUACUAGUUAGUUACUGGAAAGCUCAAAAGCAGGAACAUAGUUAGAAGAGUUGUAGUGCCCUUAGUUCAAUACUUGAUGGCUUGUUUCCUACAUGGUAUCAACGACACAUCUGAAGUCUAAGGGGGUGUGGGGUGGUGGAGGAAGAGGACUGCGAAUUAGUUUGCCAAUUCUGUCUGUGGUCCAAACAGACUCUGUGCAGUCACAGAGGGGGUGGCAGCCAAGAGCUUUAUGAUAGUUGGUAAAUCAGAGCCACCUGACUAGGGUGAAGCAAAUGCAUGGUACAUUUCAGCAGUACACGUGACACAUAAGCUCCAUCUUUUUAUGAAUGACCCAUUGAGCUGUUCUUGAGGGGACAUGUCUGGGAAACUAAUCUAGUUUUUUUGGUGGGAACUUUGGAUGGGUGGGGUGAAAAAUUGGUGGACGGUUGAGUGGGUGAUGCUUGGAGAAUGCGUUUCCGUCCCAGCACUAAUGUGUUGUGGUAGGAUUUCCGGCCAGCCCUAGCACUUAAAUGAAGGCCGUGUCUUGAAAUAACUCAGGCAGCAAAAUUAGAUUUAGCACUCAUUUCUCAGCAAAAGGCUUCGAACUAGAAGUUUCUGUGUAGCACAACCAUUUGUUUUAUUUUUUUAUUUUAUAUAUGAUUGUCAAAUUUGCCUGGGUCCUGUGAUUAAGCAUGAUAUAGUUCCAGUGUUCUUGGUCCCCCACGUCUGUCUAUAAAUUGCAUUGUCACAGAAGCUGCCAGCAACCCAAAGGAUAUUUCUUUUCACUUCCAACAGUCAGGAAGAACGUAGGCCAAUUUUGUCCACACUCUUGAACUGCACCAAUGUACAUAUUGAAUAUCCAAAUGUGGACUUUGACUAUGCUAUUAAAUAGAAAUUUGUGCUAGAUGUCCUUGUACUAACCUUGGUGUGUUCCCACCUCGCACCACCACCUUUGAAGGUGCUGCUUUAAUACACCUCUUUUUGACCAGAAUGUUCUGGACUAUAAUUUUAGAAUGUACAAGAAGAAAGAUAAAUUGCUGCCACGGGAGAAUAUUAAAUGAACUCCAGACAUUGUGACCAGCAUCUGAUUUUAUAUGUCUGCAAUACUUGAUAUAUAUGGGCUUCUGUGACUUUCAAAGAAAAACAAUUUAUUUUAUGUUGCUUUUAAUUUCAAAUUUAUAAUUAUGUCUUAUGUUUUCAAGGAUAUACUGCUGUAAAUUUUAAUCUUACAAAAAUAAAG